AUUUUGAAAGCUCACACCCACAUCGCUUUUGUAUGGUAUGUCUUGCCGCUAACUUCACAUAGCUCCCACAAGAGAGGGGCUAAAAUGUCGAUGGAAGAUCCGUUUUUCGUGGUUAAAGGGGAGGUCCAGAAGGCCCUGUCCAAAGCACAGGGGCUGUAUGAACGCUGGGAGGAGCUGCUCCAGGAGGAGACCCCUGUUAGUAGAGAUGAACUGGACUGGAGCACCAAUGAACUGCGUAACUGCCUGAGGGCCAUCGAUUGGGACCUUGAGGACCUACACGAAACCAUCAGUAUUGUGGAGGCAAAUCCUGGGAAGUUUCGUUUAGGCGAACAUGAGCUACAGGAGAGGAAAGACUUUGUGGUGCGAACGCAUAAAUCUGUCCAGAUGAUGAAAGAUCAGCUCGCAAGUCCUUCAGCUGUUGCACAGGCAGAAAGGAAAAACAAACAGGCUCUGCUGGGAACCACGGUGAAGGAUCGCUACGCCGGUCUGGAACCUCAUCUGGUGUCUGGAAACUCCAGAUACAUUCAAGAGCAACAGGAACAGCAGCAGUUGAUCAUACAGGACCAGGAUGAACAUUUAGAGCUGGUGUCCGGCAGUAUUCGUGUCCUAAAGGACAUGUCCAGCAAGAUAGGAGAUGAGCUGGAUGAGCAGUCAGUUAUGCUUGGUGAAUUUAGUGAGGAAAUGGACCAGACCGGUUCUAGAAUGGACUCGGUGUUGAAGAAAAUGGAGAAGGUUUCACACAUGACCAGCAGUCGGAGGCAGUGGUGUGCUAUUGGAGUUCUUGUAAUCAUUCUGAUUGUGGUGCUCAUCCUGUUAUUCGCAAUUUAAACUAGACUGUGUUCCAGUUUGGCCCACUUCAAAUGCCAGAAGCCCCCUGGGCUUGUGGAGGAAGAAAACAAGGACUUGUCCAUAUUUGCUUCUGUUUAUCUUUGUGAGAAAGAGAACCGUUAUUUUUUCUAUUCCUCCUCCCUCACCUUUACAUUUUCAUCUACUGUAUAACCCAAAUAUCUGUUUCUGUCUCUCAUAGUUUCUUUCACUGUUUUUGAAUUAGACUCCUUGUUCUCUGCAAGAUGUAAUCCAGAACUUCACAGGUGCUGAGAUGGAAGUUAACUGUUGUUAUAUUUCUCACUUCUUAGAUUUUAUUGUGGUACAAAGCUCAGUCAUGAUGAGGAAUUUGAUAAUGCGUUGUUUUAAUUUUUUAAUUUUCAAAUAGAGAUCAGAUUGUGAUAAAUAUGUAUGCUUUUCAAAGACACAUGCAUAAGUGGUUUGUUUUCUAAACAAAAAGUGGAAACCAUGAAUACAAAAGCACAAGGAAGCCUCCAGAAAUCUAUAUUAGUCACUGGGCGAUUGCUUUUAAUGUAAAAUUCAUACAAAAAAUCACGGUAAGACUUUACAAUAGAGUUGUUUUAGUAAACAUUAGUAAAUGCAUUAACUAACAUAAACAAUAUCGUUUUUCAGCAUGUAUUCAUUUUUGUUAAUGUUAAUACAACUGUUCAAGUUAGUUAAUUGUGCAUUAAUUAAUGUUAACGGUUACAAUGCUUGAUUUUAUAAACGUAUUAGUUAAUGCUGAAAUUACCAUGAACUAAGAUUAAAUUGUAAAGUGUUACCAAGAUGAUAACAGCGUUAAGAUGAAACAUAUAUAGCAUUUUUUAAGUUACUUAGCUUUAUCAGCGGAGUUGAAUAAGGUUAACUGACUUCCCAGCCAUUUUCCACAGUUUGCUCUCUAUGAAUUGAUCUCUAUUGCAUUACCUCUGCAGUCUUACCAAAUGAUGUCUUGUAGAAAUUUUAUGACGGAAAAGUUGCAUGCACUUUGCUUGAAUUUUCCUGGAAGUGCUGCAUGCUUGCGUAUUUCGGGUAUUACCUGCCUUUUUAAAUAUAAUUUAAUGACAAACCUUUUAGAUAUUUGUAAACUUUCACAUUGCGUUGGAAAGGUCUAUGGAAUCAUCAGGUUUUAACAGACACACAGCUGGUCCAUUUAACCUGGUCUGGGCUUUCAUUGCAUGCCACAGGGAUAUUUCAUAAUCAUAACUCCAAAAAUAAUUUUUUGUUGAAUUUUUUUAAGAACACUCUUAAUGUUAUUGCACUCUAAAACAGUUGAGAGAGUUUAUUUUCUGCUUAUGAGCUAACAGGACUCCACAGUUAUGAUUCAUAUUUGAUGUUCAUUGUUUGUUGAAAGAGAUUGGAUGUAAUAAUGUGCCCCGUUUGUCUAUCUGUGGGCAUAAUAUAUCGAGCAUAUCAUACUCAGUUCUUGUGCCAAUGAGUGCCCUCCAAUUGAGAUGUAAGGACACUAUGUGUCUGUGGGUGAAUGUAUGAUGUUUAGGCCCAUCUUGAAUCUUUGUCAAACAGAAUUUAUAGCUGUUUUCAUGUUUUUGUUUUGUUGUAAAUGAACUGUAAUAAUCCUUAAAUAACAAAGUAAUCCAACUUCAAGAUUAAAUUCACUUCUGGAAGCCUUAAUGACCGUCAAUCACCACUUCAUUUAAAAAGUGGAAUGUCGCUUAAACUUAUUUCCUCUUUGGUGCCCGUUUAGGGAAGGGGAUUUGGUACGCAUUUGGUUGUAUUUUGCAAAAGCAAUGAUUGUGAUGUCAUUUCAGUGCUGCCUCAGUUUUAAAUGAUUGAUUUGAAUUCCCUUGUCACUUGUUUUGUAAGCAUUUUCCUAAGAUUGUAUUAUAUUGAAUAUUUUAAAGGGAAUCUAAAGGGGUUCCUGAAUAAAGUAUUUACCUUUGACA